AUGUUAGUGCAAAAUACAAAUGGUAGCAAACUUGAUUUUCUCGGAGAAAAUCUUGGAUUCACAUCGAGAAGUCUUGAUUGCUCCACUUUGAAAAGAAUUGGACUUGUCGACACGGGAGAAAAUUUCGUAAUUGGUUGUGUUGCUACUAAUAACGUCCGAAACUCUAUCUGCAUACGUACCGGUGAUAUACGAAAAAAUAAUCAUGAAGCAUCGCAUGCUUUUGCUACAAUCUAUCGCAAUCAUAAAUUAUUUGUUGGUUCAAAGCAAUACAAUAUCCACAAAUCAACAAAAACUCUUGCCUUUAAAAGAGUGUGGCAUCAUACUGCUAGAGGGAGAGAUAAUCUCACGACAGAAGGCAACAAGGAAAUUCCUGCUCCUUCUCCUUGCGUUGAGCAAAUAGCCCCAGCGGACGAAUCGCCUGUAAUGAGUGGGACUAUAAUUGGAAAGGCUGCUGCUCUCAACGAUCCCAAUGUUUGUGAUAAAUUACUCAUGGGCUUGGGCUACACUGUAAACGCAUUAUCAAUAAUAUCAUUAUUGUUUUUAUCUAUCGUCUAUGCUUGUGCUUAUUGGCCAACAGUUGGUGGGAACCAAUUUCUGCUGUAUUUGCGAGACUACACACCUACGCAGAGAAACUUUGUCAGCCUAUCUCAUAAGGUCUCGAUGUUGUUAUUUUAUGUGCUGUUCACAAUAUUUUCUGAUAAGAAAAUAUCCGGUGAAGGAUGCAGUGUGUUCGCUUCUUUGUCAUAUACGUUACUCAUGAGCUCCGUUUUUUUGACAAUUUUUCAAGCCCUUCAAGUCACAACUGCAUUCGCUACAACUGGAAAAUGCAUGGAAGUAAUGGUUUUGCCAUCGACAGCAGUCUUCAUAAGUUUUAGUGAGUAA